AACUUCUACGAUUUGAGAACGUUUUUAGAAAGGGCCUCUGUUUAAAACUUGUUUGAUUUUAUUGUUGUGGUACUAAAUUGAUUUGUUGUUAAUAAUGAGAAGGCUACCCAAUUAUCCAAAUAAUCGAUAAAAGACAUCUAGUUUUAAUACUACUUACGACUCUGAAUAAUAAGUGUACAAGUUAAAUUAAUAAAAAUGUAUUUGUAUUCUAAAUGCGUUCGAGACAAUACAUUUAUGUCCAGAUAUUCAGCUUUCAAUCCUUAUCGCCUUUUUCAAAGAGAAUAUGGAUUUAGCCAUCCUGUGGGUGCUGGUGAUGCAAUUUCUCGUAGUCUUUACCGUGGCAUGAGACCAAUAGGAUCAUGGGAAUGUGAUGAGUCAAAUUCUCCGCCAACUGGUGGUAUUUUCAACCUUGAAUUUUCGCCAGAAGGCUCAUUGUUAGUAUCUGCUUGUGAGAAGAAAUCCAUACAUAUAUUUGAUCCUCUUACUCAUCAAAGAGUGCAAUCAGUGACUGGAGCACAUGCGGACUGUGUCAACUGUGUUAAAUUUCUGGACGCUAGAAUGUUUGCUACUUGUUCAGAUGACACUACAAUUGCAAUUUGGGAUAUCCGACAUUUGAAGAAAAAAAUCCGCUCAUUGCAUGGACAUUCAAAUUGGGUCAAAAACAUAGAGUUUUCUGUGAAAGAUAAAUUAUUAGUAACCUCAGGCUUAGAUGGUAGUAUUUACACAUGGGAUAUCAAUUCAUAUACCGAGUCUAAUUUGAUUUACCAAAGAGUGUUUCAUGCGUCUGGUUUGAUGAGGUGCAGGCUGUCUCCAGGUGCAAAACAGAUGGUGAUGUGCACUACCGGUGGACUCUUAAUUAUUAUACAUGACUUAAACCUCUCGACAUUGAACCGUGACUUGCAUGGGUUUAAGCCCAAUUUAUAUAGACUGAUGCAAAUGAGCCAGCAACUUAUACCAAUAGCUGCGAUGUAUGACCACCUGUUUGAACCCAAUCGAAAGGAAAACCGACUAGAGUUUGUGUCUGACUUCCCUUAUGGUAAUGACGCAAAGGUGAUCAGCGCUCUUCAGAUUCACCCUCAAGGUUGGUGUGCGUUGAGCAGAAAUAUUAGCCAUGAUGACCGGUCAGAAUGGUCCUGUAUACACGACAUCCAGCCUUUCCCAGAAACCGAAGACAAGAGCACCCGCGAUACGUCGCCCCCACCACCGAAACACCGCCGCCUCGCGCCCCGCCGCCCCGCGGCCUCGCGACCCCAGCGACGCUUGCGCAUGCGCAUCCAGCCCCGCCCCAUGGCUACCGUGCCGCCUGUUAAUGUCGGGGAACGACGCCCAGCUGAGGGGGCGGAGCCAGAGGCGGGGCCUAGCUCCAGCGCACGUACCGAUAGUGCACUUCCUGCUACCAGGUUGCCGGGGCUGGCGAUAAUUCAGAAUGACGUGUGGGAGGCGUCGAUUACCAUCAAACAGCACAGAAUGCUUCAAGAGAUGUACAACAGAGGCCACGUGGGACGAAACUUCAACAUGCAGCGUAUAAUGGGCAUCAACACGGGCAUCACUCCGCCCGCGUCGCUGAGGCCUCGCUCCUCGAGGGUCCACUCUGCCCUGCGGGCGAGCUCCGACGAAGACAUCCACCGAGCCGAAGUCUCCGAUGUCGAAACACCAUCUAGGCGCAACACUUUGCCGUCGACACCGAGUCCGAUGCUGAGAGACCGGGACGGCACCAGCUAUUACGACGAAGAUACUGACAUGUACCACUAUAUACGACGGAACAAACAAAGGCUCAUGUAUUAUACUGAGGAAGCAAAUGAAGGCAACGGGUUUAUCAAGGAGCUGUGCUUCUCAGCGGACGGGCGGGUCGUGUGCUCUCCGUACGGCGGCGGCGUCAGACUGCUGGCUGUCAAUGACUCCUGCAGUGAGAUGUCACACUCCGUACGGGGCCAGCCUGGGCCCGCGGAGUUGGUGGUGCUCGGAGAAUGCGUCGGCCUUCACCAGGACCUAGUUGUCAGCACCAAAUUCAGCCCGCGGCAUCACCUGCUCGUCACCGGCUGCCUCGAUGGCAAGAUUGUAUGGUACGAGCCGUUCGCUGGAGAAGGUCAAAUCUAGAUUGAUGUAUUAUUACACGUUGUGUCCAUUAAGUUUAAGUUUUAUGUCCUCCCAACUUCGCCUAUAAAAUGAGACAAUUAA